AUGUGGUGCGAGGCAGUUGGCGUACCAACUCCCACAAUAACGUGGAUGAGAGAUGAUCAAGUUUUGACUAAUAUACCACUGGUAUUGGAUGCGCUAAAUGUUAAAUAUAGCAAAUUUCCCUUUUCAGCUGCGCUCGACGAUCGCGGCAAUACACAUAGAAAAUCGCUAUUAUUCGACAAAGUUUCUGUUGACGACGCUGGUGUCUACACGUGUAAAGCGGAGAAUUGGGCCGGCACUACCUUGAAGGACUUCGACCUUGUUGUAAUCACUUCGCCCACGAUCCAGCCUGAAAAGCUGAAUGUGACAGCGGAUUCACGAAAGACUGUGAUUUUACCAUGUAACGCUACAGGAAUUCCGGAGCCGGUGGUAUCCUGGGUAAAAGCGCCAAAUAUUCAAAUCGAAGCGAAUGAAACGUCAAUGCAUGACGUAAAUAACAUUUUGUACUCACAUCCAGCUCCAAAAGGUCCUAACAAUACCAAAGUGCUCAUAAAACUCGUCUUUUCUUUAGAAUACCAGCUGAUAGGAACUUCGCUAGCAGUUCGCAACGUUCUACCAACGGAUGCUGGAUUUUAUCAUUGUAUAGCAAAAAGUGAAGCCGGACAAGCAAUAGGCAACCGACGUCUUCUUGUCGACAGUGAGUUCGUGAAUAGCGAUACGGGAGGGAAUAACUCGUAUAAGAAACGCUGA